CCUCAGUGUCCUGGAGCUUCUGAUUCUCCAAGCGUUUCCCCUCAGUCCUCUGGCAGACCCAACGCAGGAAGCCAUCAGCUUCCUCGCGGCUAUAUUCCAAUUCCUGUGAUCCAUGAGAACAUCCAGCGUCAGCCAACGCAAGGCUACCACCAGGCACAGAAGACACACUACCCUGCCCAGCAGAGCGAAUACCAAGCCCACCAGCCAGUGUUCCACAAAAUCCAACCAGAGGAGAGGGAGCCUAAGGCGGCGCGAGCGCAGUCUCCGUUCAGGGUGUCUCAGAGGGGCUCUGCGAGCCGUGAAAGUUCCCCGGCCAGAGUCACCACCCAGAUACAGCCCCCAGCUCCCAUCAGAGUGCAGACAGUUGUGGACAGACCCCAGGUUUCUCAGCAGCAAGUCCCACCUCAAGAGCCACCAAGACCACCCCCGCCACCUGAAAUCAAACCUGAAAACAAGGCAGUCCCACCACCCGAAGCUGAGGUGCCGUCGUCAUAUAUCCCGAUUCAGGUCACCCACCAAGAACCAGAUCCUAAAUUGCCACCCCAGAAGGCUCCAGCCACAGCAGAGAAAGCUGAUAAAAAGGUUCCCUGCCCAGCUAAGAUGGCUCCCCCUCAGGAAGGGCCUCCUCCUGAAGAAGCGGCCGCACCGAAGACGAUGGAAAUGGGAGAACCUCAAAAGCAUCCUGGUGUUCUGAAAGUGGAGGCAAUUCUGGAGAAAGUACAAAUGCUUGAGCAGGCAGUCGACUCCUUUGAAGGCAAGAAAACUGACAAAAAAUACUUGAUGAUAGAAGAGUAUUUGACCAAAGAGUUGCUAGCCCUAGACUCAGUGGACCCUGAGGGUCGUGCGGAUGUGCGCCAGGCCAGGAGGGAUGGUGUAAGGAAGGUCCAGAACAUUUUGGAAAGACUUGAGCAGAAAGCAGAAGAUGUCCCAGAACCUGUUCAAGUUGAUGGACUUGAGCCAAAUUUGCCAGAGCCUAAGCCACCACAGGAAAUCAUGGAGAUUGAACCUGUGGUAGUCAAGAGCAAGGGAGACACCAGUAAUAAAGAUGCUAAAGAGCAAACCAAAAUGGAAAGACAUCAGCCUGAAACUAAGGAAGAAGUGUUUACCAAUCUCACCACUACGACAAACACAUCUAAUAAUCCAACUGAACCAUAGCCACAUGCUGAGAUUAAAAUCUCUCAGACUUCAUAACUUAAAGUGUGUUUAAGUGAAUUUUAAGUUGCAUGCAUUUCCAGAGCUCUUUUCAACUGGUUUUUAAUCAACAUAGCAGCUUGGGACACGGUAAACACUUCGGGGGGAAGGAGGGGGUUAGAAAGAAAGUAAUGCAUUUAUCCUUUAUUCUUACACUAUGUAAAAGACAUGUUUCAAAAAUAAACCCUGUACAUUAAUGGCUUUUAGAUCAGCUAAGUGGGGGGAAAAAAAACCAACAAACCAACCAACCAACUACUUCAGGGUUAAUAUUGAUGCGUGUUGUUUAGGGUGUAUUCUUUUGCAGGUGAUUUUUGUAAAAUCAGUGGCCUGCACUGUCAGAAUACCAGUCCUUCUAGAAGUAUAGCCACUCUUAACAGUAAUGUUUUUAUUUUUAAUGUUCACAGUUGGGCACUUUAAUGAUGGAUAGAAAGUGUGUAAGAAAUUGUAGGGAUAUUUAUAUGUGUGCAGGACUUCAAUGCUUUAUUUUAAGAGGGAAAUAAAAUAAUAUAGAAGCCUAA